AUGAUAGUGGAGCAUUUGAAGGAUGAAAGGAUUUUAUGGCAGCAUGUCAUCUUCACUGAUCUGGAGUGCAGUGAGGUGCAGGACUCUUUUGACAUUGGUCUGACUGAGGUUCCUCCUAUAAGGAAGCCCACCAAAGACAGUCCAUGGAAGGAGAGCGCUGUCCUUCAACACCGCCAGCAGCUAAAGACCAAGAUGAAGUACAACAAAGUUGAGGACCCUAAAGCGCCACAUGCCAAACAGAGCCAGUGUCAGCAGGAGCUUGACCAGGUCCUGGAAAGGAUUGCAAAAAUACCCUUCAGAGAUAACAGGGGCCCCCUGGAGGACCUUUAUUCCCUGCACAUGCCCAACUGUGACAAGAGAGGGCAGUACAACCUGAAACAGUGUAAGAUGUCAGUGAAUGGACAUCGUGGUGAGUGCUGGUGUGUGAACCCGCACACAGGUAGACCCAUCCCCACCUCUCCGCUGAUAAGGGGGUGA